ACGCAAAUCUGCAUUCGUCUCUUGCACUUCGCCAAAGUGCUUUAAAACCCCUUCACGCAUAACUGGAUUAGGCUUAGGUUUACAAGCAGCCUUUAUUGGGGUAAACAGGGGGAGUUAAAGCAGAGAAGUGUCUAUUUGACUGCAAUCGAUAGCGCCGGGAGGCAGGCAGGCGACGCGAAACGUUGCGCGACAAAGUUUAAAUAAUUUCCUUUUUUGACAAUGUGCGAAUUGCAAUAUGCGUGGAGACUCUUCACUAUAAGUUCAUGAAAGUUGUCUUUUGUCCAAGGCAGCUUUUGCUCAGUCUAUCCCUCUCUCAAAAGCAAAGCCGACAGCAGAACAUCACCAAACUGGAGUAAUUUCCCGGAAGAUGCAAGAAUGUCCUCUCUUGCAUCAUCCAGUCGGAGACGUAUAGAACAGUCCGUUUCUGUGCGGAGAAGUGAUUGCAGAUCAUCUUCGACAAACGUACAUUGAUUGUCCCCAGCAUCUUACAUCAUCACGUAAGUGAAAUCCGCACAUGCUGCUGCUGCGCUCCUCUGGAAUCACGCUACUACCACGACAACGCGAGCGCCUGCGCCAGUGUCGGUGACGUCAGAAGAAGCAUGGCGGUCAAGGUGCAGUCAACCAAACGGGCCGACCCCAACGAAUUGAAGGUCAUCUUUCAAAAGUAUGCAAGUGUUUUGGACAAGGAGGGGGAGCGGUUUAUGACCCCGGCGGACUUUGUGCAGAAGUACCUCGGCCUUCACGCGCAGGUCCACCACAACCCCAAAACUGUGCAGCUCAUUGCUGGUGUGGCUGACACAACCAAAGAUGGGCUCAUUUCUUUUCAGGAGUUCUUGGCCUUUGAGUCUGUACUAUGUGUGCCAGACGCUCUCUUCAUAGUGGCCUUCCAGCUCUUUGACAAGACUGGCACCGGAGAUAUCUCUUUUGAGAAUGUGCGUGACAUCUUUAGCCAGACAACGGUGCACCAUCACAUCCCUUUCAACUGGGACUGUGAGUUUGUCCACCUGCACUUCGGCCAUGACCGCAAGAAACGUCUCACCUACCUGGAGUUCACACAGUUUCUGCAGGAGCUGCAGCUGGAGCAUGCGCGACAGGCGUUUGCACAGAAGGACAAGGCCAAGAGCGGCGUCAUCUCGGCCAUGGACUUCAGCGACAUCAUGGUCACCAUCCGACACCACAUGCUCACGCCCUUCGUGGAGGAGAACCUGGUCUCGGCUGCAGGGGGAGGUACUUCUCACAUGGUUAGUUUCUCUUACUUCAACGCCUUCAACUCUCUACUCAACAACAUGGAGCUCAUUCACAAGAUCUACAGCACUGUGGCUGGCACGCGCAAGGAUACACUGCUCACCAAAGAGGAGUUUGUUCAUGCUGCUAAUAAGUUUGGCCAGAUCACUCCCAUGGAGAUCGACAUCCUGUACCAACUGUCUGGCCUUCACUCCCAAACCGGACGACUGAACAUGUCAGACAUCGAGAGGAUAGCACCACUGGAGGAGGGCGCGCUGCCUUACAACCUGGCUCAGACACAGUCCCCGGGCGAUGGCUCGCGAACAGUAAUGUUGCAGAUAGCGGAGUCAGCGUAUCGCUUCACUCUGGGCUCCAUCGCUGGAGCAACGGGGGCGACAGCAGUGUACCCCAUUGACCUGGUGAAGACGCGCAUGCAGAACCAGCGCUCCACCGGCUCCUUCGUGGGUGAGCUCAUGUACAAGAACAGCUUCGACUGUGCCAAGAAGGUGCUCCGCUACGAGGGCUUCUUUGGGUUCUACAGAGGCCUUGUGCCCCAGCUCCUUGGAGUGGCUCCAGAGAAGGCCAUCAAACUGACGAUGAAUGACUUUGUGCGCGACAAGUUCACCCAAAAAGACGGUUCCAUUCCCUUUGCUGCCGAGAUCUUAGCUGGCGGCUGUGCUGGUGGAUCUCAGGUGAUCUUCACCAACCCGCUGGAGAUCGUCAAGAUCCGGCUCCAAGUCGCCGGGGAGAUCACCACGGGGCCUCGUGUGAGCGCGCUCAGUGUGGUCAAAGACCUCGGCUUCUUUGGCCUCUACAAGGGUGCCAAGGCUUGUUUCCUGAGAGACAUCCCUUUCUCGGCCAUCUACUUCCCAGCCUACGCCCACAUGAAGAAGGAGUUUGCUGACGAGCACGGCCGACUGGGACCCCUGCAGCUCCUCGCUGCUGGCGCCAUCGCUGGUAUCCCCGCGGCCUCUCUGGUCACGCCCGCUGACGUCAUCAAAACGCGACUGCAGGUGGCUGCGCGUGCUGGUCAGACCUCGUACAACGGCGUGAUCGACUGCUUUCGCAAGAUCAUGAGGGAGGAGGGCUUCAGGGCACUGUGGAAGGGUGCUGGAGCUCGAGUGUUCCGCUCCUCCCCUCAGUUCGGUGUGACCCUGGUGACCUACGAGCUGCUCCAGCGGUGGUUGUACGUGGACUUUGGUGGAAAACGGCCUGUAGGCUCAGAGCCCACUCCCAAGUCCCGCAUCUCGGAGCUCCCGCCUGUGUCCUCGGAGCACGUUGGCGGCUACCGCCUCGCCGCGGCCACCUUCGCCGGCGUGGAGAACAAGUUCGGCCUUCACCUGCCCAAGUUCAAGUCCUCGGGGGUGACCACCCUCUACCACCCCGAGCCCCCCAAGCCCGAGAGCCCUCCGCCGGCCGAUGCCCCCUCCUCCUCUUAGAGACUAGCUGCCCCCACCACCCUGCCUGGUGGCGAGCCGCCGCCUCCUCCUCCUCCUCCUCCUCCUGUCGGCUGCAUGAUCUGUCUCUGAGCCCCCCGUGCCAUUUCACUCCACCUCUUCCUUUUCUCCAUCCUCCUCUCAGAUUGAUCACUCUUUAUUUUUAUUCCUGGAGUUUCUCCACUCACAGGGUCCAACAUGGUGACGGUAGCGGUCACUCACAGACAUCAGCUCACUGUUGCUUAUUUGCUACUGGGCGCCUCUCUGAAUGAUUUCCUUUUCUUAUCAAUUAGUGACAUUAUGGUUUUCGAUUUGUGGCCACCGCAGUUGUAGUUGAGCGUGCACAUUUUGGUUUUAUCAGGGUUAUCAUCUUUUGUUUACCUUUUUUCUUUUCUUUUUGCUAGUUUUGUUUACCUUUUCUUUUUGCUAGUUCUUUUUCUAGUUGCACUUUCAUUUCCUGUACAUAGUGUACAUCUGUACAGAGACGCAGAGGAGAAGAGGAGAGAGAGGUGAAAAACAGAGGCUGUCCAGGAGAGGUGACCUCUGCGACCUUCAUUUCAAGAGAGGUGUAUGUGUGCACGUGUGUCCUUCUCUCUCUCUCUCUCUCUCUCUAUUCUCCCCAUUCCUUCACAAGCACGUCUCUAAAGUAAGAUAAAAAAAAAAAAACAAGGCCGAUCCGACGGUUUUCCAGACGUGCUUUAUCGAUCAAUGAGAAAUCAGGGCGGGGGACAAUUAAAAAAAAAUAAUAAUAAUGACUAGGACAUAAUAUAAAUGUAUUUCAUUCUUGUAUUUUAUUGAAUAAAUCAUUGUGGUUAAAUUUAACAAGAGUGGGUAAAGAUGGAAGAUUUGUUUCAGAGUGAUAUAAAAUUCUCUUAACAGGAUUGACUGGGAGGGACACACAACAAACAUAAAAUAUGAAAAUUUUCUGGAAUACUGGACUUGGUCAUGUCAUAUCCAUUUUUUAAAUGCACAAUUCAUAAACCACAAGUGCAUCAGUUAUGUGCGUGUGUGCGUAGGUGUAUGUCUGGAAUGUGUCUGGAGUUGUGUGGAAUGUAUGCUCUUGGUGUUUCAAAGUGUGUAUGUGUGUGUGUGUGUCUUUUUGUGAUCGGCAUCCAUUUACCAAUUAACCCGAUUCUUUUGAACACCUUCAGAGCCCCUUCAAUAGGGAAGACUAGCGUUUCAUGAAUACACUGGAACAUACUUAGCACAAGGUCUUGCUUUGGUUUGAAAAGAGGAAAAAAGCACCGCAACUGUUACCGAGUAGUACCAAGCCAGCAGCAGUACAGAGAGCCUGUAGCCCACACUAUGGUUUUCCAAAAGGUACAAGAUCCUGGUGCUUGUAAUAGGAAAAUCAAGCACUUGUCGGAGAAACAUGCCGCAAAAAAUAUAUGUAUGAUUAUGUACGUUAUCAAAAUAAAACUCAUUCUAAAUGUG